UGUGUGUGUAUAGAGCCGACCCCCGUUGUUGGUUUUGCUAGUUGUUCAUUCAGUUGGCGUACGCGUGCGCCCACCUCCAAUCCGAUCCGAUUCUCCCGAUUCAAAUACAGAUUCAGAUUCCGAUCCGAUCGUACCGGAAUUGUCAACAAUAAGACGGCAUCAUCGAUUCGUUUUUCUAAGCUGGACUAUGAUUGUGUGCGGGUAGCCGCAGCAGCCUGUUUGUGUCAGUGUGCGUGCGCUUAAUUCGCGAGUGUGUGUUUGUGUCUAGCCUGGCGCUAUUGUCGUUGUUUUGGGGGAAGAAAAAGACAGUUAAUGCCCUAGCAAUAACAAAAACAACGCGAGAGAGAGACAUUGUCGCCGCGCAGUCGCCUCCGCUGCCACCGUCGACGUCGCAGCCGCAGCGCGCAGUCGUCGAUCCGCUCGCUAGUUGUUGCUGUUUAGUGUUCGCUGUGGAGAGUUGUUUUGAUCUGUUCCGAUUCCUAUUUCGUUUUUGAUAUAGAUCACAAUAUAUAUAGUUUGUUAUACAAAGUGCAAAAAGUCAAGCAAAUGCUGUGUGCCUGCAAUUGUUGUUUGUUGUAAUCGCACUCGCACCAGUGUACACAUAUACAAGCACGGAAAAGAGCGCAUUCCAAUCCCUGCACACACAGACACACCAUGGAAAUUUGGCGCUCGCUUACAGUGGGCACCAUCGUGCUGCUGGGAAUCAUCUGCUUCUACGGCACAGUCGAGUCCUGCAACGAGGUCGUCUGUGCCUCCAUCGUCUCCAAGUGCAUGCUCACCCAGAGCUGCAAAUGUGAGCUAAAGAACUGUUCCUGCUGCAAGGAGUGCCUUAAGUGUCUGGGAAAGAACUACGAGGAGUGCUGCAGUUGUGUGGAACUUUGCCCGAAACCCAAUGAUACCCGCAACUCGCUGUCUAAAAAGUCACACGUGGAGGACUUCGAUGGAGUGCCAGAGUUAUUCAACGCCGUAGCCACCCCGGAUGAGGGCGACAGCUUCGGCUACAACUGGAACGUGUUCACAUUUCAAGUGGAUUUCGACAAGUACUUGAAAGGUCCUAAGCUGGAAAAGGACGGUCAUUACUUCUUGAGAACCAACGAUAAAAACCUGGACGAAGCUAUCCAGGAGCGGGAUAAUAUAGUGACCGUCAACUGCACGGUUAUAUAUCUGGAUCAGUGUGUGUCGUGGAACAAGUGCCGCACCAGCUGUCAAACGACAGGCGCCAGCAGUACGAGAUGGUUCCACGAUGGCUGUUGCGAGUGCGUGGGCUCCACGUGCAUUAACUACGGCGUUAACGAGAGUCGCUGUCGAAAGUGCCCGGAGUCAAAGGGCGAGAUAGGUGACGAGCUGGACGACGCUAUGGAGGAGGAGAUGCAGGACUUCGGUGAGAGUAUGGGCCCCUUCGACGGACCCGUGAACAACAACUACUGAAAUGCCAUCCAGAACAGAACAGAACAGAACAACGUCUAACAAAAUUAGCUACUCAAUUCAGUGACAUUAUUAUUAUCUAGUACGAAGUAAUAUUUGUAUAGCACUAUUAUUAUUAUUUUUAUUUACGAAAAUUGAAUAGGCGCUUUAAAUUGUUUUACUUAUUGAACCGGCCAAGAUUAUAUAUAUGUUUAUAUAUA